CGUUAAGCCAAAAGUUUGAUUUUUGUUUGGAGGAAAUAUUUUGAAUUAAGUUUUUUAAUUAUUUAAUCGUUUAAAUGGACACAGAAAGUAGUGAUUUUGAUUCGCCUGACAUGAAUUCAAGCUUGGAACGUCAGUCGUCUCCAGAAAGAACAGUCCAACCAAGGAAAUUAAAGUUUUCGCCAAAAAGCCCUAACAAAUUACAAUUUUCUCCUGAUAUAAACAGAAUUAAAGCCUUAAGAUUGUUUGAUUCGCCAAGAACACCAAAAACAUUGUCAACAAAGUAUCAAAAAUUCUUAGCAACAAAUGAUCAUCAUGAUGAGAAUAAUUUUGAGUUGAUUGCGCGACCAACAAUUCCAGUUCCGGAACUUUCAUUUUUACAUACAAAUAACAACAAUCAUAUUAAUAAACCAAAGCCAUUUCCAUUGUUUAAACAACUGCAUGAAAAUCUAUCUGCAAAUGUUAAUCCAUUCACACCUCCGGGAAUAUCAUUACGCAAGAAGCGAGCACGAUUAGAAAAUGAUUUCAUGAAUUCGUCAUUACCAAUUAUUAACAAUCCAGUUAGACCAAAUAAUUAUGCCAAUAAGUUUGAAAAUAACAAUAAAUAUGAUAAUAAUAAUAGAUGGCUUCACUCAGUUUCCAAUGUAAAGGAAACAGUGAAUGCAACAACAUGUGAUUCAACAGAGCUGUGCUAUGAUGACGAAACAAAUGAAUUUCGUCAAGCGCCAAAACGUCUAGCGCUACAAGAAUCCAAUAUAACCAGAUAUGAAAAGGAGUUUGUGGAGUUAAAGUUAUUAGGUGUCGGUGAAUUUGGAUUAGUAUAUCAGUGCCUUAAUCGUCUAGACGGUUGCAUUUAUGCAAUUAAACGUAGUAUUAAACCUGUUGCUGGAAGUUCAUUUGAAAAGAUCUCAUUAAAUGAGGUUUAUGCUCAUGCAGUACUUGGAAAGCACGACAAUGUUGUUAGAUAUUAUUCAGCAUGGGCAGAGAAUAAUCACAUGCUCAUCCAAAAUGAAUAUUGUAACGGUGGCAGUUUACAGUCACUUCUUCAAAAGCGCAUUCUUAACGAAGCCGAACUUAAAAUUCUCUUAUUACAAGUUGCUGAAGGACUCAAAUACAUUCAUUCUCAUAAUUUAGUACAUAUGGAUAUUAAAGCUGGAAAUAUUUUUAUCUCGAAACCUCAAAUUAAUCUGUCAUUUACACGAUUUAGGCAAACGCAAGGAGAUGAUGGAUUUGAUGAAAAUUAUGAUCAGUUGGAUAACUAUCAAGCUGUAACAUAUAAAAUUGGUGAUUUAGGACAUGUGACAUCAAUGAGUGAGCCACAAGUCGAGGAGGGAGACUGUCGUUACUUGCCAAAUGAAAUUCUUCAAGAUGAUUAUUCAAACUUGUCAAAAGGUGACAUUUUCUCGCUGGGAAUUACAAUCUAUGAAGCUGGUGGUGGUGGUCCAUUGCCAAAGAAUGGAGAGUUAUGGCAUCAACUCAGAAAUGGAAAUGUACCAGACUUGCCGGGAAUCAGUCGAGAAUUUAAUGAUUUGAUCAAAUUAAUGACUCAUCCUAAUCACCAAGAACGACCUUCAUCAACAACAAUUUUCAAUCAUUCCGUUCUAUGUCCUGCUGUUAAUAAAUCGAAAGCCCAAUUACUUCAUGAACUCAACCUUGAAAGACAGAAAAAUGAACUUUUAAUCAAAAAGUUGCGUGAAAGUAAUAAACUUGUCAAAUCUUAUGAACUUUCACAGACGCCUGUAAACAACAAGAAGAUACGAUCAAACCUACGAAAUGAGCCAAUUCUCUCGGAUAGAAAAUUACGCUCAGGAUCAAAAGUGAGACGAACGCAACGAAGAUUAAAAUGAAUGAGAAAAAGAUUAACAUAAGUAAUAAUAAUAUUUUAUAUAUAUAUAUACACACAUUAACUUUGAGUAUACGUUUAAGAAAAAGGAAAGAGCAACUUUUUAAGUUAUUAUUUGAUACCUAUACACAGUAAAUCAUUAUUAUUUUUCUAUAAUUUUUCAUAUUUUUAUUUUCUUAAUUUUAAAAUCGAAUUUAACACUUAAAAAAAAAAUCUCAAUUUCUUUUAAUUUUUCAUUAUCAUUUUUCGCAUCCAAUUUUUAUUUUAAAAUAAAAUUAAUAUAUUUUUUAAUCUACGUCCUUCCAUAAAAGAGAGAAACUACUGAUAUAAAACAAAACAAAAAAAUGUGAAGAAAAGAAUGUUGAUAUAUGUUAGAAAAUAAAGUUAUAGAUUAUGAGUUUUUUCAGUAAGAAAAAAGAAGAAAAA